AUGCCGAAUUAUAACAUGGAAGCCGCGUCGAAUAAAGGACGCGAUACUAGUUUAGAAAAUAUCCGAGAUGCUGCAAGUACAUUUUGGGAUAUUGGCAAUUAUAAGAGAACUGUCAAGCGAGUGGAUGAUGGUGUGAAGUUAUGCGAUGAUAUGCUAGCUAUGAUUCGUGAUCGUAUGGAAUUGGAGCGUGCAUAUGCACGAAGUUUAAAGCGUUGGGCAUCUGACUGGCGCUCUAGUAUCCAAAAUGGCCCUGAAUAUGGUACUAUGGAAGAAUCAUGGAAGGCCUGCUUUACUGAAGCUGAUGAGGUAGCUAAUUUACACGCUGACGUUAGAGAGAAAUUAUUAAGUAAAGCUUAUGACUCUGUCAAAAAAUGGAAAAAAGACCAUUAUCAUAAGUCAAUGAUGCACUACAAAGAAACUAGAGACUGUGAUGAUAAUUUUAGCCGUAUCCAAAAGCCUUGGGCUAAACGUUUUGAGAAAGUGGUUAAAGCUAAGAAAGAGUAUUAUUCAGCCGCAAAGGCUGAGGAUAACAAUAAUAAACAACUAAAUACUGCUGAAAGCGAUAACAAUAUGGCUGCUGAUCAAGUUAAGAAAAUUCGUGACAAAGCUGAUAAGGCCAGUAAAGAAGCUAGUCGAGCAAAAGACAGAUAUAAAGAAAGAUUAGAGGACUUAACAACUUUUAAUGACAGUUAUCAAAAGAGCAUGACCGAAGAAUUCGAUAGAUGGCAAGCGUUUGAAGAAGAUCGGUUAAUCUUUUUUAAAGAAAUGUUGGUAGUAAUUCACAAUUGUGUUAAUAUUGCUGAUAAUCCUAACUUUUCCAAGAUAUAUAAUGAAAUGCUACAAACUAUUGAAAAGGCUGAUUCAGGGCGCGACUUAUGUGGUUUUGCUGAACAAUUUGGAGCGAGAAUGGAAACGAGGUGGCCAGAAUUUGAGGAAUAUACGGUCACAGAAAAAGCUGCGGUGAAGAAAAGUUCGAGUAAAUUUAAAAAAAUUCAAGAUAGCAGCGAAAAUGUCAGUGCUCCAGAAAAUACUGCAAAAGUUGAAAAGAUUAAUCCAAGUAACGAAGAUCACGAUACAAAUGAUGGAUACAAUCGACAGAUUUCCUUUGACAACGAAUGGGAUGAACCUCCAUCUUUUAAUGAUGGCGAAGGCGUUCCUGUCCGAGCUCUUUAUGAAUACACUCGUAGAGAAUCAGACGAAUUAAGUUUUGCUGCUGGUGAUAUAAUUAUGAAACUGAGCGAAGAGGAUGGACAAGGAUGGAUUAAGGGUAGUUUAAAUGGUACAGUGGGUUUAGUCCCCGCCAACUAUGUUGAAGCAGUCUGA